UCACUGACGUGAACGAAGGAGACUUGAUGUUUAAAAGUCUAAUCAGUACAUUAUCUGCUUUUCCUUUUAUAUUUUGCAUGGAUGACUCAAUUCGUAGGUGAGCUGGCAUGGAGACAUGAGUGACGGCAAUUUACGACUGUUUUCCAUCUCGAUGGACGGCUGCCUUUGCUUGUGGCUCUUUGUGCAGGGUGAACUCUAUCCCACAGAAUUAACUACAUUGCCCUUCCAAGGCGAUAAUCGAUUGCAAGAAAACAACUUAGGAGCCAUGGCCUUGACAGCUUCCUGCAGUUGUAUGGCCAUACAUCCAAAUCACACAAUGGUUUUGGUUGGAACGGAUCAAGGCCAGCUGUGGCCAGUUAGCAACGAAGGCGAAGUUCUCAACUGGGGACCUGUGAACGCCCACCAAUGUCCGAUUUACACCGUGCAGUGGAAUCCAUUUCACCAUCAGGUUUUUAUUACCUGCGGUACCGACUGGCUAGUUAAAAUAUGGGACCAACGGGAGAAGGAAGCGCUAGUGGUGAUCAGUUUGGGAUCGUUCCUUGAACAUUGUGCUUUCUCUCCGUUUAGCUCGACAGCUUUUGCUUGCAUGUCGAGCAAUGGAAAAGUGCUUAUCUACGAUUUGAAUAUUUGCCUGCACAAACCUUUGUGUAGCCAGCGGAUCACUCCACAAAGAAGAGCACAACCGACCAUUUUGAGCUUUGCACCUUUCCAUCCAGUCAUUUUGGUUGGUGAUGACAAGGGUCAUGUGACGUGUCUCAAACUGUCCCCUAACCUAAGGAAAGUUAGCCGAGUUCCCGAGAGCUCCAGGAUCAUCGAAGUCGAAAUGGAAAAGCUCGAACGUGUCAUUACCUUAAUGAAAAGAUAGUGUUGGAUUUUCAUGUUUUUUCUUCCAUUGUUUUUUUCUUCUUUGCAAUCUCUCUCUGCCUUGCUGGUUUGGAUUUAAAAAAAAUUCUCGUCAAGUUAAUUUGCAAUACACUACCACCAGCUAUA